AUGUCAAUUCACGCAAUAUCAUGUCGUUUUAUUUCCAAAAGAUUUGGCGGAAUUGUUCCUAGCACUUCAGCUAAUAUUGUUUUAAGCUUACCCUCAUCAGCUAUAUGGAAAAAUUAUGAUAACAAACGUAAUUUCUCUAAUAAUACUUAUUUGGAUAUAGCAGCCGAGUUGCAGGCUCAUCCUGUCAUUCAGUGGUUCGAUCGAUCGGUGAAAGCAUCGUGUAAUUAUGCGCAAAGUUUAAUUGAGACUUCUGGCUUAAGUAGUACUCCGCUUGAACAUUUGGGUCUGUACACGUGGUGGAAGCCUUCGUCGUGGUACCGAGUAUUAUUGGAAUUCCUCCAUACCAACUAUGAGUUAUCCUGGCUUACUACUAUAAUAUGUGCGACUGUGUUAAUUCGAAUGGCUACGUUCUAUAUGCCAGCUUUAAUUUUGUGGAAAAGAAUGAAAUCCAAGGAAGUCCAUUCUCCGUUUCUGCAUCAAAUUCGCAGUGGAAUUGGUUCGGUCAUAUUGUACUCUUCAAACGUUGGAAUCUUCUUUACGCAAUACUGUGGUAUUAAGAAAAUGGCUGAAGUUGUUUAUCCGAGCUGGACAGGAAGUGGCAUGUUAUCAUUUACCGAUCUGACAGUAUCCGAUCCGGUUUUUUUAUUGCCUACUCUAACUGCUAUUUGUUUUACUUUCACAACUAAGAAAUGGAUUGAAAUAUUGCAAAUGCAAAAAACAGUAAGCAACUGGAUGUUAGGAUUAAAGCCAUAUAAUACAAUAUAUCCAAUUGCUGCAUGUUCAUUUUUCGUUGCUAGCAACGUUCCAUCGGUCGUGUGUAUUUAUUGGAUCACUUCGAGUUUAAUUAGUAACAUGCAUGCAACAGUAUUGAGAACUCGUACAAUGCAUUCUUUGUUACAUUUACCUGCUGUUUGUUCAGAUCCUGCGGAAACUCGUCGUACUGAGUUAUUAAACUACGUUUCUGAAAUGAGAUGGAAAAGAGCAAGCGAAACAUUGGAACUUCAGAAGAAAGUUGCUGAAAUUGAGAAAAAAAGUCAAGAUGAUGAUUUGUCCAAAUUACUUGCAAAAGAAACAGAAAAUACCGAAAUUCAGAAAGACUCACUUUUUGGAGAACCCUGGAAAGAAAGUGCUGCUUUGUCAUCGUCAAAGAUUGCUAAAUUAAUGGAACAAUACAUACAAGAAGAAGCGCGGGCAAAUGUGAUGACAAAAGCUGGGAAGACGAAUUCUAUGAUAAGAACUAAUUCUCGAAAAUUUGAAAUUGAUGAAAUUACGGCAGGCUGA